ACCUCGUCCAACCUCGCAUUGCUCGUGCAGGCAACUGGCGCCACAUUCUGAUCAGCAAGCUGGCACCUGGCAGCACGAUGGCGUCCGCAGCGUGCAUCGCCCGCCACUCCUCCUUUUUGGGCUCCCCUCUUUCCCGAGAGAUCAGACAGCUUGCCAGCUUCAAUUCCUUUCAAGCGACGCCCUUGCCUUUCUCUCCGCCUCAUGCAUCUCAAACUCAAUGCCGUAAGAGUGGGAGCUCCGGGCAUAGCUUGACGCCCAGCAGAUACUCGAUUCAAUUAGGAAAGCUCCCUGCAUUGCCACUGCAAAGACUGAGUGUGGAGUCGCAAAAGGCCAACAGGACAAAAUGUGCCGCAGCUCAGGAGAAUGCAGGGGGCUCAGAUGGGAUGCCAGCUGCUCUGCUGUUUGACUGCGAUGGUGUGCUAGUGGAUACUGAACGCGACGGUCACCGCAUUGCUUUCAAUGAGACGUUCAAAGAGAAAGGUCUUCAAGAAGACUGGGAUGUGCAGACAUAUGGCAAGCUCCUGGAGAUUGGGGGGGGAAAGGAGAGGAUGACUCAUCACUUUAACGAGGUCGGGUGGCCGUCUCAAAUCCCCAGCGAUGAGCAGGGGCGCAAGGACUUCGUUGCAGGAACGCAUAAACGGAAGACUGAGAUCUUCAUGAAGAUGGUCGAGAGCGGCGCCAUGCCCCUCCGGCCAGGCGUUGCCAGGCUGGUGGACGAAGCGUUUGCUGCAGGGGUGCCCGUUGCAGUCUGCAGCACGUCCAACGAGAAAGCGGUCUCGGCCAUCGUGCGGGUGAUGUUGGGUGAGGAGCGGGCUGCCAAAAUCCGCAUCUUCGCCGGUGAUGUUGUGCCCAAGAAGAAGCCAAACCCCGCCAUCUACAACCUGGCUGCCAAAGAGUUGAACGUGGACCCCACUAGGUGUGUUGUGGUCGAGGACAGUUUCAUUGGCUUGUCAGCUGCCAAGGCUGCGGGGAUGACCUGCGUUGUCACAAAGAGCGUGUACACUCAAGCGGAGGACUUCACGAAAGCAGAUGCGGUGUAUGAGAGCAUCGGCGAUACCCCCAGCGAAAACUUCGGGCUUCAAGACUUAGCAAAGCUCUGCUCGCGAGCCCUUGCAUGAUACCUUCUUUUGCCGCAAUUAGAGGACGCGUUCGACUCCAAGUCCCGGGUCGUUUUUAAAAUAGGAAUCCGGCUAGUUAUGAUUCGAUCGCAAGGCAACCGCUUUUGAUGGCUACUAUUGCGCGGGCAUCAUUGUAAGAAAGUGUCAGUUAUCAGUACUGGCAUCAUUCACUAAUUUCUGAAAAGAUCCACAUCAUGCACGUAUCCGAC